ACCAUGAAAGUGCUGUUCUUUCUCGCUCUCUGCAUUGCCAUGAUUUUCGCCGUUAUGGGUCAAAGCUGUCCGGCCAAUUUCAAAUGGGAUUCCGGCAAUAAACUCUGCCUGGCUGAGCGUCCCAUUCAUGGUGAAUGUCCUGCUGGUUCGCAAUACAACUUGAACUAUAAUAAGUGUGUUUAUGUAGCACGCGGUUGAAUGCAUUUAUUUUGUGUGUCUCUUUUGUUGGAUUAUUUAAUGAAUAAGAAUAAAAAUGUGAAAAAUUAGAA